AUUGAAAGUGUAUACAAGUUGCAUCACGUCUAAUGACUUCUUAACCUAUCUUAUAGUACCUGAAUUUAUUAUUUCCUGCAACCAAUUUUUUCAGCUAAACAAAUUUUCUAUUCUUCAACUGUGUAUAAACUCAACUGUCAAAACUCAGGGCUUGCUGCUGAAGAAUUUGUUGAGAAUUGGUCAGGUCGGGGGACGUGACUUGGAGAUAAAACUGGAGGAAAACCAAAUGCCAAAGACAGAAAAUGAAACGGAGACGAGGUGGGAGAAUUAUAAAGAAAGGAUCGAUAACUAUAUGAAGGUAGCUCAAAUUCAUCUAGUUGUGGCCACACUAGUAGCUGCAGCCACCUUCACAGCUGGUUUGACAUUGCCAGGAGGCUUCGAUAACAAUCCAGGCCCUAAUCAAGGGAUGGCACUUCUAAUAAGAAAAACGGCUUUCAAAGCAUUCAUUGUUACAAAUGCCAUUUCCUUUGUAUGUUCUUCUGGUGCUGUAUUCAGCUACAUCGCCAUGUCAGCAAUCGAUGCAUUUUCCAAGAAUCUCGCUGCUAUCACGUUGUUAUACGGGCUCGCAACUUUUUGGCUGUUUUUUUGCUUUGGCAGCAGUUAUGCUUGCAUUUGUAACUGGUACAUAUGCUACUUUAGCACAUUUCGCUACUGCUCUUGCCAUUGCAGUCUCUGCCCUCAGCUGCAUCUACUUUUUUAUGAUGUUUGUGUACAUGUCAGCCAUGAAAUACGGCCUCUAGGUUGAUUUGCCAAAACAUAUUAAUUAAUUGUAGCUUUAGUUUCUUUGUUGAAAUAAGUAUUUUCUCAUUAAGAUCAA